CUUUGUCUUCCCCCAUCUCCCACUUCUUCAGUACUAAACUCUCAAUUACUAAACAAAAAAACAAUCCACCGAAUUCUCUGCCACCCAGAUAGCAAACUCGUCUUUCCUCGAUUACCCAGAUCGCAAAAACUAUUUUUUCCGACUGCACAGGUCGCAGAAUCGUGCUUUUCUGCGUGAAAAAUGGAGAAUAACCAGCAAUCUUUCUGGCAGUUCAGCGACCAGUUGAGGUUGCAGACAUCGAACAUGGCCAAUCUAUCGCUCAACGACUCGAUCUGGAGCUCAAACUACGUCUCGAAACGCCCCGACCAACGUAGAAACUUCGACAUCACUGUCGGAGCCUCCGCUGAGAAGAAUCCUCUGAAAUCCGCAGACAUCAACUGGAAGGUCGAUCCCACUGCCAGAAACCUCAGCUUCGGUCCUGUCGGAUCAAAACCCGUCAACGAAGCGAAUCCGAUGGAUAAAUUCAAAGCAAAAGCCACCGAUUUCAAUGACAACCUCUUCAACGAGGUCUGGAAGUUUAAUCCUCCGAUCAACGAUUUGGCUUUCUGCCCGGCUGGUUCGAACUCGACCUUUGUGAACGGCGGAUUCAACAAGGGGAUAUACUCGUCUUCCAAAAUCUACGAUUACAGCGCGAAUCUGAAAGGGAACAGUAAGAACAAAGGGUUCGAUGAUGAACAUGGGACGAAGAGCGGGAAAAGGAGCAACAAGAAGAAUCAUAACAAGAACGAAGAUGGCGGUGGCGGCAAAGACAGCAAGAACAGCUCAGAGAAGAGAUUCAAGACUCUGCCUCCCGCAGAGGCUUUGCCCAGGAACGAAACGAUCGGUGGAUACAUAUUCGUUUGCAAUAACGAAACCAUGGAAGAAAAUCUCAAACGACAGCUUUUCGGAUUGCCGCCGCGAUACAGGGACUCGGUUCGGGCGAUAACACCGGGACUUCCUCUCUUCCUUUACAACUACUCCACUCACCAACUCCACGGAAUUUACGAGGCGGCGAGCUUCGGAGGAACCAACAUCGAUCCGAAAGCAUGGGAAGACAAGAAAUGCCCGGGCGAAUCUCGAUUCCCGGCCCAGGUGAGGGCAAUAAGGAGGAAAGCGUGCGAGGCGCUGGAGGAAGACUCCUUCAGGCCGAUACUGCACCACUACGACGGUCCCAAAUUCCGACUCGAACUCAGCGUUCCCGAGGCCCUUUCGUUGUUGGACGUUUUUUCUGAGCAAAACCCUUAAACCUACAAAGAAGAAGAAGAAGAAACAGUUAUUUUUUGGACAAAUAUAUAUCAAAAGAGCAUAGAGAUAUGAGUAUAAUUAAAAAACCCCUCCCUCUUUUUUUUUUUUUUUUGAUAAUGUAAUUUUUUCAGAUGUUCCCUGAGGAUAUGGGGAAAAUAUCCUCCUCUUUUUAUUUCUUUCUUUUUUAUAAAAAAAAUGUGUGGUGUGUAAAUUAAAUAAAAGUUUCAUAGAAACAAAAAGGAAAUGCGGAUGAAGCCCUCUUUAUUUUUUCACACUAUUA